UCACCCCUGGCCAGCUGAGUCUGGAGGACCUCUUGGAGAUGACAGAUGAGCAGGUGUGUGAGACCGUGGAGAAAUACGGAGCCAACCGGGAGGAGUGUGCCCGCCUCAAUGCCUCCCUCUCCUGCCUCCGCAACGUCCACAUGUCAGGAGGCAACCUUUCCAAACAAGACUGGACCAUCCAGUGGCCCACCACGGAGACGGGGAAGGAGAACAACCCCGUGUGCCCCCCGGAGCCCACGCCGUGGAUCCGCACCCACCUCUCCCAGAGCCCCAGGGUCCAGACCAAGUGCGUCCAGCACUACUGUCACGCCAGCCCCUCGCCCGGGGCCCCCGUGUACACCCAUGUGGACAGGCUUACCGUGGACCCCUACCCGGGCCUGUGCCCGCCACCGCCGCUGGAGUCAGGCCACCGUUCCCUGCCCCCGUCGCCCCGGCAGCGGCACGCGGUCCACACCCCGCCGCGCACCCCUAAUAUCGUCACCACCGUGACCCCUCCCGGCACACCACCCAUGAGGAGGAAGAACAAGCUGAAGCCCCCGGGGACCCCGCCGCCCUCCUCCCGGAAACUGAUCCACUUGAUUCCAGGUUUCACCGCCCUGCAUCGGAGCAAGUCCCACGAAUUCCAGCUGGGUCACCGUGUAGACGAGGCCCACACGCCCAAAGCCAAGAAGAAAAGCAAGCCCUUGAACCUCAAGAUUCACAGCAGCGUGGGCAGCUGCGAGAACAUUCCGUCUCAGCAGCGCUCGCCGCUCCUGUCGGAGCGCUCUCUCCGCUCUUUCUUUGUGGGACAUGCACCUUUCCUGCCCUCCACCCCUCCUGUCCACACCGAGGCCAACUUCUCUGCAAACACACUGUCCGUGCCGCGCUGGUCCCCGCAGAUCCCUCGUAGAGACCUCGGCAACUCCAUUAAGCACAGGUUUUCCACCAAGUACUGGAUGUCUCAGACGUGCACAGUCUGUGGAAAAGGAAUGCUUUUUGGCCUCAAGUGUAAAAAUUGCAAGUUAAAGUGCCACAACAAAUGCACCAAAGAAGCCCCACCCUGUCAUCUCCUGAUCAUCCACAGAGGAGCAAGGUUAGUCCGGACAGAGUCCGUCCCGUGUGACAUCAACAACCCUCUACGAAAGCCACCCCGGUAUUCGGACCUGCACAUCAGCCAGACGCUCCCCAAAACCAACAAAAUCAGCAAGGACCACAUCCCUGUCCCUUACCAGCCGGACUCGAGCAGCAACCCCUCAUCCACGACGUCCUCCACGCCCUCCUCGCCAGCACCCCCCCUCCCUCCCAGUGCCACGCCGCCUUCUCCCCUGCACCCUUCCCCACAGUGCACAAGGCAGAAGAACUUCAACCUGCCAGCGUCCCACUACUACAAGUACAAACAGCAGUUCAUCUUCCCAGAUGUAGUGCCAGUGCCAGAGACACCGACCCGGGCGCCCCAGGUCAUCCUGCAUCCGGUGACCUCGAAUCCAAUCUUGGAAGGAAAUCCAUUACUUCAAAUUGAACUGGAGCCAACCUCAGAGAAUGAAGAGGGCCACGACGAGGCCGAGGAGUCGGAGGACGAUUUUGAGGAGAUGAACCUGUCCCUGCUCUCAGCCCGGAGCUUCCCACGCAAGGCCAGCCAGACCAGCAUCUUCCUGCAGGAGUGGGACAUCCCUUUUGAGCAGCUGGAGAUUGGCGAGCUCAUUGGAAAGGGCCGCUUCGGGCAGGUGUAUCACGGCCGCUGGCAUGGCGAGGUGGCCAUCCGGCUGAUCGACAUCGAGAGGGAUAAUGAGGAACAGCUCAAGGCCUUCAAGCGGGAGGUGAUGGCCUACAGGCAGACGCGGCAUGAGAACGUGGUGCUCUUCAUGGGUGCCUGCAUGAGCCCACCCCACCUGGCCAUCAUCACCAGCCUGUGUAAGGGACGGACUCUCUACUCUGUGGUGAGGGAUGCCAAAAUCGUCUUGGAUGUCAACAAAACGAGGCAGAUUGCCCAAGAAAUUGUGAAGGGCAUGGGCUACCUGCACGCAAAGGGGAUCCUUCACAAGGACCUCAAGUCAAAGAAUGUCUUCUACGACAAUGGGAAAGUGGUGAUCACAGACUUCGGGCUCUUCAGCAUUUCCGGGGUGCUGCAGGCCGGCAGGCGAGAGGAUAAACUCCGCAUCCAGAAUGGCUGGCUGUGCCACCUGGCACCAGAGAUCAUCCGCCAGCUGUCCCCCGACACAGAGGAGGACAAGCUCCCCUUCUCCAAGCACUCAGAUGUCUUUGCACUCGGCACAAUUUGGUAUGAACUCCACGCCAGGGAGUGGCCUUUCAAGACCCAACCAGCAGAGGCAAUCAUCUGGCAAAUGGGCACCGGCAUGAAACCCAACCUCAGCCAGAUUGGCAUGGGAAAAGAAAUCUCGGACAUUCUUCUCUUUUGCUGGGCCUUUGAACAAGAAGAAAGACCUACCUUCACUAAGCUCAUGGACAUGCUGGAGAAACUGCCAAAGCGAAACCGCCGCCUGUCUCACCCCGGACAUUUCUGGAAGUCUGCAGAGUAA